GUUCUGUGGUGAUAGUAGUGAAUCGUUUGUUUUGUCUGUUCGUUAAAUUCUUGUGUUUCUUCAAAAUUUUAGUGAAAACAUAGUUAAAAAAUGGUAAAACGCAAAGCCAUGAUCGAGAGUGACUCCAGUGAAAACUCCGAUAGCGAUUUGGACUCGGAGUUCUUAGGCCUGGCAAAGAAGAAAAACAAAAAGAACGCGUCUCCUAGGCAGAAAUCUAGUUCGGAUGCUUCGAGCGGAUCAGAAAGUGAAAUAGAAAUGAAAAACUCGAAGAAAAAGGUAAAAAAAGACUCUGCCGCAUCAGAUUCAGAGGCGGAGGACGUAAAAGGUCCCUCCAAAAAUGACAAGGCAUCGGAAAAGAGCAAUUCUGAGCCUGAGGAAGGUGAAGUAUCGGAUUCAAGUAGCUCAGAGGAAGAGUUUAACGAUGGUUAUGAUGACCAGCUCAUGGGCGAUGAAGAAGAUAGAGCGCGAUUAGCCAGUCUCACCGAAAAAGAGAGAGAAACUGAAAUUUUCAAGCGUAUAGAACAAAGAGAAAUGAUGAGAACCAGAUUUGAAAUUGAGAAGAAACUGAGACAGCAGAAAAAGCUAGAAAGGGCCAGAGACAAACCAUUUUCAAAGCCCAAAGAUAAAGAUAAGGAAAAAGUCAAUAAGAAAAAGGAGGAAAAAAUUGUCCAGGAAAAAGUUAAAGUUAAGGAAGUAGAGAAAAAAGUUGAGGAACCGGAUACCAGCAAGUUGCAGACGGAUUUUACUUCGAUAGACCAUAAGGAGCGUAGCAAGGAACGAAAGAAGAAUAUUGAGGAGAACAGAGGCAAAGCUGAAAAUAAAAGGGUGAACGCUAUGGCAGAACUGAAGGCGCGGCGCGAGGGCAAACAGAAGCGUGAAGAGGCCGAAGAAGAACGUAAAAGAAAGGAAGAAGAAAAGAAGAGACAGGAAGAGGAGGAAUCGGAGCUGCUUUCCAAGAAAAACGAGACCAAACUCAAAGCCUCUGACAUUUACUCGGAUGACAGCGACAGCGACAACGCGGAGGAGGGCGAACGAAGCUCUCCGGUGGCCAGGGAGAAGGCCAGGUCCAGGUCCAGAUCGAGGUCCGGCUCCAGGUCGAGGUCGUCCAGCUCCAGUUCGAGCAGUAGCGAUAACGAGCGGGAGGAGGAGAAAAAGCCGGCGUACGUGCCAACGAAAAACGAUCUGAACUCUAUUAGGCUUUCUAGACACAAACUCGAACGCUUCGUGCACAUGCCGUACUUCGACAAAAUAGCCAAGGGCUGUUUCAUCAAAGUGGGAAUAGGCCAAAACAACGGCACUUCCGUAUACAGGGCGGCCGAAGUGGUUGGCGUGUACGAAACGGCAAAAAUCUACCAGUUGGGCAGCACGAGAACGAACAAAGGUCUGAAAGUGAGACACGGUGCGCAGGAGAGGGUGUUUCGGUUGGAGUUCGUUUCCAACCAGGAGUUCUCGGAGGGAGAGUUUCAGAAUUGGUUGAAAGCUACUUACGCCGCCAACCACGACCUUCCGUCCAAGGGGCACAUCGAUCAGAAGCAGGCCGACAUCAAGGAGGCCAUCAGCUACGAGUUUAACGAACAAGACGUCGAAAGAAUUAUUAAAGAAAAGGAACGGUUUAAGCCCAACCCACACAACUACGCCAUGAAAAAGACGGAACUGAUGAAAGAAAGGGACGCGGCUUUAGCUAGAGGCGACGAUGACAUUGCCAGAGAAAUGAGCGACAAAUUAUCACAAUUAGAAGAAAGGGCUUCUGAAUUGGACAAGAUGCGUACUUCCACGAUAUCGAGUAUUUCCUACAUAAACGAUAGGAACAGGAAAAGGAACGUGGAAGAAGCAGAAAAAGCAAUUAUUGCAGAAGUUAGAGCCAAUAAAGGCAAAAAGGUUGACGAUCCGUUCACCAGAAGAUCGACGAAACCGAGGAUGAAUUUCAAGUCCGGGGAAAAGGAGGCUCUGGCCGCUGCCGAGAAGAAGGCCCAGGAGGAGAUGUUGCUGAGCGAGGCCCCCAAAGAGGUCGAACAGAAGAAGCAAGUGGAGAAACAGGCCCAAGUUACGCAGGAAGACCUGUUCUCCGCGCACGAUUUCGAUAUCAAAAUCGACCUAGAAGUUCCUUUACCUGCCACAACUGUCAACGUAGUUCCCAAAACCACCACGAAAGACUUGGCGCCCAAGCGCAGUUUGAAUCUUCAAGAUUACAAGAAAAAGCGCGGGCUCAUAUAGUAUUUUAUUUUAAAUCUCUCACCCUAUAUCCUUAGGUUUAUUAAUAUAGAUAUAGUCUUUAAGUUAUUUCCUCAUAAGUAAGUUUACAAAAUUGUACUUUAACGCAAAAGUAUUAGGCGAUAUAUAUUAUUAUUAUUAUAUACUCUUAUUUUGAAGUUUAUUUUAGACGUUGUGACGCGCUGUAAGCAUAAAAAAACGUUUUUAUUUUUCUAGCAAUAUAUUAUUUAUUGUUAAUUAUUUCUUCCCCCUGUACAUUUAUGACGUUCGUAGAAAGACAAGGAAACAAAAAAUGUAUUGUGAUUCUUUUUUUAGAAAAC